ACAUGUACAAGGUGUGUGUAUCGGGAGUGGGUCCCUUUCGUACUUGCGAGUAAUUUACCUUACUACCCCCAACAUAUACCUUUUUUUUGCUAAGUUUUCCGAGUGAAUCUCUUUGCCUCCCGCUCAAACUUGUUCUGUUUCCUGCCGUUAAUGAUCAUCAAUUCAUCAUUAAUCCCCUCAUUUUCAUUUCUUGCACCUCUUUAAGCUGUUAAAUCCUCCCUAAAUCCCUCAUUUUUCUCUCUCACACAAGUUCUUAUUUUGUUUCAAAAGUGAUUAGGGUUUUUCUCCAUCUUAAAUUUCAGUAUAAUAUCACUAUAUCAGUGCCAGUGGUUAAAGGCAUCAGCAGAAUCAAGCAAGCAAAACUAUCCAAGCAGAGCUAAAGCAUUUCCAUCAGGCUCCGCUGGUGGCAUUUUUAUCCUAAAAUGAAAGGCUCCAAUGAUGGUUUAAGUGAAAAAGAGAUUGAUGAAUAUGUUGACAUAGUCUACAGAAGACUGAAGCGUGAUAAAUAUAAAAGAGUAAGGGUAUCAGGAAAUACCUUCAGGUGUCCAUUCUGUGAUUCGAUAAAAAAGCACAAUUAUUUGCUCCAUGAGCUUUUGGAACAUGCUAGAGAUGUAGGAAAAGGCUCUAAGAAAGUUAGUGUUAAGCUACAAGGGAAGCAUGAAGCACUAGUGAAGUUCUUGGUCAAGUAUUACAGUCCAAGAUUAUCAUCAGCAUCUACUGGGAAAGACAAUGUGGAUAAGCUCCUGGAUAAUCAUAAAAGUGAAAGAUACGUUGGGGAGAGCAACAGUAAGCUGCAUAGCGGAAAAGGUGGUUGCCUUACUGAGGUUAUUUCUGCUGGAAAGCUCCCGCUUCAGCAUAAAAGUGAAAGAUGUGUUGGGGAGAGCAACCGUAAGCUGCAGAUGAGAAACGAUGAUUACCCUACUGAGAUUAUUUCUUCUCGAAAGCUCCUGGUUCAGCAUAAAAGUGAAAGAUGUGUUGUGGUGAGCAACAGUAGGCUGCAGACAAGAAAAGAUCAUCACUCUACUAGGGCUAUAUCGUAUAGAAAAAACAUUUUACAGGUUAAGCACAAUGAUGGUGAAAAUUUUGUCUGGCCAUGGAAAGGAAUUUUGGCGAACCUCCCUGUUGAACUGAAAAAUGGAAGAUAUGUUGGGGAGAGUGGAACCAAGAUGCGAGAUGAGCUUGCUGAAAAAGGUUUUAAUCCGAUUAAGGUGAUUCCUUUGUGGGGUCCUCAAGGGCACUCAGGAUUUGCCAUUGUGAAUUUCAGCAAGGAUUUUCUUGGAUUCAACAAUGCAAUAUCAUUUGAGAAGGAUUUUGAGUUAAAUCAUUGUGGUAAACGAGAUUGGAACUCACGAAUUUCUCGUAAAGAUAAAAUUUUUGGUUGGAUGGCAACGGAGGAGGACUAUAACUCUCAUGGCAUAAUUGGUAAGCAUCUGCGUGAUAAUGGUGAUGUUAAAUCAUUGGCUGACAUUUCAUAUGAAGAGGAUCGGAAGAAAAAAAGCCUUGUUUCGAAUCUCAGCCAGACCCUUAAAGUGAAGGGUGAGCAAUGCAUAGAAAUGCAGAGCAAGCUCAGAGAGACAUGUGCUUCAAUAGAAAAGGUGGUCAAGGAAACAGAAAAAAUGACAGAGGCAUACAAUAAAGAGAUGGAAAGGAUGCGGAGAAGAACAAUUGAGGAUAAGGAAAAGAUAUUGAGUGACCAUGAAAUCUUUAAGAACAAGCUGAAAUUUAGGAAGGAGGAGAUGAAAAGACAUGAAAGAUUGUUGGAGGAACGGGAAGCUGAUUAUGACCAAAAACUUGUUAAGCUUCGACGCCAGAGGAAACUGAAUGACUUGGCAACACUGGAACAGAAGCGAUCAGAGCAGGAAGUAUUAGGACUCGUAGAGAAGCAUGAGAAGGAAAAGGAAGCACUGCAUAAGAAAAUUAUCGAUCUGGAGAAGCAAAUUGAUCAGAGGCAAGCUCUGGAGCUGCAGAUAGAACAACUAAAAGGAGCUUCUCAAGUUAUGGAACAUAUGGGAAGGGAUGAUGAAACAAAAAAGAGAAUGGAAGCUAUUAAUGAAGAGCUGAAGGAAAAAGAAGAAGAAUUGGACGACUUGGAGGCCCUCACUCAGACUUUGAUAAUUAAGGAGAGGAAAUGCAACGAUGAAUUACAGGAAGCACGCAAGGAAAUGAUAACUGGAUUGAGAGAAAGGAAGGCUUAUCGUGCAAACUUCGGUGUGAAACUAGUUGGGUAUCUAGAUGAGAAAGUGAUUGAUAGCAUAGCCAAAACCAAGUACUCGAAAGAAGAAGCACGAACCAAAAGUAAUGAGUUGUUUUCAUUAUGGAAAGGAUUAAUUGAUGAUCCUGAAUGGCAACCUUUCAAAGUUCUCACCGAGGAUGGUGUAUCCAAGGAGGUGAUAAAUGAAGAUGAUGAAAGAUUGAAAGGUUUGAAGAGUGAACAAGGUGAGGAGGUUUCACAGGCUGUAGCCAAGGUGAUGAUGGAGCUGAACGAGUACAAUCCUAGUGGUCGAUACCCAGUACCUGAGCUUUGGAACAUGAAAGAAGACAGAAAAGCAAGACUUGGGGAAGGAGUAGAGUACAUUGUCAAUUUGUGGAGACAACACAGAAAAAAGAAGUAAUUGGCUUUGAUUAUCUUUUCUUUAGUACUAGUACAUCAGAGAAAGAAGAAAAUUUUUGUUUAGAAGUAAGAUUUGCUGCCAUGCUCUAAUCUCUGGAUUUUAUACAUCUUUUUAUGGGAAUACAUUGGGUAACGUAAUGUAACAUUUACUUGAUAAGCUUUUUUUGUGUCUUUCCAAUUGUCAGUCGGUUACCAAUAUACUACUCCCUUCUAUGCUACUUGAACUCGGGUACUGAUGUUGGAUACUGGUACGUGUCCAAGUGUCAAAUACGUCUAAAUAUUCAAUUUUACGCUUAAAAUGAAGUGUCUAAGUGCCAUAAUAAUGUCCGAGCAUCAAGGAUCGAACACGGGUACGUGAAGCAAAAUGACGAGUUCGAGUAACAUAAACUAGCAUGUAGCCUAUUUGCAUCAGUGACCAGGCCAGGCACGGUUACAACUUGAAUUUCAACCCAGACGAGGAAAGCUAUGAGAAGAUAUGUUUUGUUCUGGGUGUGAAUUGUUCACGAGCUAUGCCAUUGAUUUUCUACUUGAGAGACUUUGAGAGACGUAUCUCAAGUUCGUCUCUUUGAGAGACGUAUCUCAAGUCUAACACCCAUUAAAGAUUAAUACUUAGUUACUGUAUUCUUAAUGCCUACUUACAUAAUUCUUAAUGUCUAAUUACCGUAUCCUUAAUAUCUAUUUUUAAUAUCUUAAAUGUUUACUAAUAUUAUUCUUAAUAUCUACUUGCAAUAUUUUAAGCAUAUAUAAUAAGCCGGCCCAAUUAAAAAUAGUCUCUAAAAGACCCUCUCUCACAAGAAUUUGUGUUGAUUCUAUUGUAUAAAUAGUGUAAAAAU